AGUCCCGACUCUACCUUUGCGAAGAGCGGACGUAUCGCGCAUUGUGUGACCAGGUUCAGUUAACUUUUCCGUGUCAAUAAACUUUAAAGCUCGUGUGUGAGUGAGACGCUGAUAUUCUGUUAAUUCUAAAGGAAGUGUAGUGCAUUUUCCAUCCUGGAUAUCACGUUUGAUCCGUCGCGGUGCGUGAUGCGCGCGCCUGCGUGUUCGGCGGGCGCGGCGCUGGCGUCUGUACCGCGCUGGUCGCAAACUCAGCCGCCCGCGGACUACGCGUCGCGCGACACUCCGUCGCACCAGCAGCCGGUCUACCCGUUCGAUGACGACAUCAACCAGCGGCUGGCCAUAUGGCAAGGUGACAUCACGUCGCUGGAGGUGGAUGCCAUUACAAACACGACGGACGAGACGCUGACCGAGUGCAAUGCGGUCAGCGAGCGCAUCAUGCAGGUGGCGGGCCCGGAGUUGAAGGAGGAGAUUAUCACCAGGGGACUUGAAUGUCGGACGGGCGAGGUCGUGGUGACGCCGGGGUUCAAGCUAAGAUGUCGCCACGUCAUACACACGGUCAGCCCAAAAUACGUCGCUAAGUAUCAUACAGCUGCCGAGACUUCGCUACAGAACUGUUAUAAGAACGUGCUGCACAAGGCGGCGGAGCUGGGUGCGCGGUCGUUGGCGCUCUGUGUCAUCAACACGCCUCGCAGGAACUUCCCGCCUGAUCUGGCCGCGCAUAUUGCCUUACGCGCAGUGCGGCGCCACCUGUCGCUGUGCGCGCGGCCGCGGCUGGUGGUGCUGGCGGCCGCGUGCGGGCCCGACGCCGCGCCGCUGCGUGCGCGCGCGCCGCUCUACUUCCCGCGCCAGCCCGCGCACCACGACCACGACCAGCGCAUGCGCAUCAUACACAACCCGCACGACACCGCGGAGGACGAGGCGUCGUUGUGCGACGACGAGGCGGCAGCGGAGGCUGCGGCGGCGCUAGCACGCGCGGCCGCGCCCGACACGCAGCGCCUGCUGGCGCCUGCGCCCGCGCCUGCCCGCCGCAUGCUGCACGACCACGACCAAUACGACAGAUUGCUUCGUCGCGCCCGGACGGAGGAUCUCAGCGAAGUUUCAGGCAUUGGGUGCCUGUACCAGAGCGGGGUGGACCGGCUCGGCCGGCCGGUGGUCGUGUUCAUCGGGAAGUGGUUCCCUAUCGGAGAUAUCGACUUAGACAAGGCGCUGUUGUAUCUAAUCAAGCUGCUGGACCCCAUAGUGCGCGGGGACUACGUGAUCGCGUACUUCCAUACGCUCGCCUCGUCCGCCAACCAUCCGCCCUUCUCCUGGCUCAAAGAGGUCUACACCGUGCUGCCUUACAAGUAUAAGAAGAACUUGAAAGCGUUCUAUAUUGUACAUCCCACGUUUUGGACAAAAAUGAUGACAUGGUGGUUCACGACGUUCAUGGCGCCGGCGAUCAAGGCGAAGGUGCACACGCUGCCCGGCGUGGAGUACCUGUACUCGGUGAUGGCGCGCGACCAGCUCGAGGUGCCCGCCUUCGUCACCGAGUACGACAUGACGAUAAACGGCUUGCAUUACUUCCAACCAGAUACGAACAAUACGUAAGGCGACGUGUGCCCUUGUUCGUAGCUUAGCCAGCGCUCUUGUUAUAGGUACUACGUUCGAUCGGCCUCGGUGUUGCCAGUCUGCCUUUAGAGAAACUACCAAAAAUACAUACAACAUUGCUGUAAUAUUUUGUGUUCAUAAAACUUUGGUAUUUUUUUUUUUUUUAUUACUCAAGACAGUGGCAACACAAAUUCGAAUUGAGCAUUAUUGAAUCAAUCGAUUUGUUUUUAAAAGUGGCAACAUCGAAGCGCAAAUAGUAUGCGGCCACUGUUAUAGUUUAGGUGGGAUUUUUAAAUAAUUUCUACAUAACUUAUAUUACAUACAUAAUUUAUCAUAUCAAGUGUAUGUGUGACACAGCAGCCAUACACAUAUUAAAAUGUGAUUAGAAAUUACUACCAUUUGUGAAGUAUAUCUAUACCAUAAAGUAAAUUAAUAUUGAUAUAUUUUAAUUUUGAUGUUUAAAUCUUUUUUUAAAUAUUUUUUACUUUUUUUAUUACAUAUCAUUUAAAAAUCCCUAUCGAAACGAUUAAAGAUUGUUGAAAGUAUAUCAUGUAACUUAGUAUUAGCGGUGCAUUUUUAUAUUAUUUAAUUGUAACUCUAUGUAUAAGGAUAUAUUAUCGAUCGAUGUUUCUUACGUCUUUAUCGUACUUACUGCAAACCCCCAACACUUCGUACUUUCUACUUCACAUUUUUUUUUUAUAAACGUUGUAGUUUUUAACUGGCAACAUUGUAAGAAAAAAAUAAUAUAAAUAUGUGCUAUUUUGAUCCUUUAUACCCAACAGACAGAUAACGCUGCCUUUACUUAAUGCGUUUUUAAUUUGUCAGUGUUAUUAGGUAUCCUGUGCAAUAAUUUGUCUUGUGAUGCUACAUUUUUAAUAAUUUCGAAUUCUUUCCACACUAAAUCAAUCCUGCGACAGGGUAUUUAUUUAGCUAGCGCAUAGACAAAUAACGUUAUUUUUUAAAUGAAACGUAUCGGUACCACGUGGAAAUGUUAGUUUUGUAGAGAUUUUAUGUGGUUCCAAUAGCAAACAUGUAAUUAGCGGUUGUAAAAGUGGAAUGUUCACUAUGGUUUUUAGAAAGGUGCUUGAUAAUUUUUCAAUUGGUAUUUUUAUUUUUACAUUAGACGUUUGAAAUGUAGGCUUAAAUGUAUCGGUAAGUCGGAUGUGUGAAUACGCUGUGGAUACGCUGUGGAUAUGUUGCAUAUUGUGGCAGUCGCCCUCACCGCGCACCACUGUCCACGUAUGUAGUUGUUACAAUUUACAAAUUAAAUAAUGCCUCUCGUAUUUUUAGAUGAAGGUCAUUUUCCUCGGGGUCAUAUUUGCGUCAUACGAUUGACUCUUAAUUAACUAUGAUAUAAAAUUAAUAUAUAGUAUCAAGAUUAUUUAUCUGUCUUAUUAUCUAAUGUAAUUGUUACACGUUAAAUUAAACGCAAAUAUGGCCCUAACCAUAAGCAACAAAUUAACUAUAACCUACCGUUGUGAGAAAGUUCAGUAUUUUUCUACAAUAAGAAACAAUAUUAUAUGCAUGACACUGAUCAUGAAGUCCAUAAUGUAAUAUGGCCAUGCGAUGGCUAGUGACAAAUGUCUAACAAUUUGUUUGCACACGAAAAGCUUAUAGUCAAGGAUCGUUCUGUAAAAAAAUGUGAACUAAAAACGUUUCGCGUGUCUUCCACCUCGGUUACAUCUUGAUCGGAGAAUUUAAAAUUACUGAUACAAUGAGAUGGUAUAAUAAACAACGCAGCACUUAAAAAUGUAUAACUUAAUAUUACUUUGAAAAUUUGAAAACUCUUCAUCUAUUUUAAAGUGUGAAAUCUGUAUUAAUUUAAAUUGCCUUAAGGCAAUUUCCCAUUUGGUUAUAAGCUUUUUGAAUAUCUCAAUAGUGUUGCCAAGUUUUCAAGUCAAAUACCACUGCCACAGAUGCUAAAAUGUUAUCGUGACUGUACUGUAACUUGCUAGUGCAUGGGUGCCAUUAAACAAACGCAUUAUGAAUAACGAAUAAAAUGAGAUUAGAUUCAUUGUUAAAAAGUCCCUUUUUGUAUUUUCAAAGAUCUAGUAGAGUUUUUUUUGGUCUAUGCUGUGUAAGAAAAUGUAUGGUACAAACAACAGCCAAUAAAACACUAAGUAUAUUUUUUCUACAUUAAGCUACUGUUCCAAUUAAUUCAAUAAUGUAAUAGUAUAAGUAAAUGCAAUAUGAUUGUGUGAGUGUACAAUUUGAUAGUUAAAUAAGGUCUGCCCCCCUCUAGACAAGCGGCAACCGAAUCUAUUUGUUACUAUAUGUACGAGAUAGAAUGAGAUAGUAAUAUCAGGCAUCUUGCUCUUUCUUAUGGAUAUGGUAACAAUAACAUAUCUACUAGUAAAUUCUUUUGCUGCUUGCCUGGAGAGGCUGGUUUACAUUACUAAAAUACUCACUUCAAAUGCUUUAGUGGUAAAUGUUAGUUGAAAGCUAAUUUUAACAUGCUUCUACUGAAGCACUUGUUUGCAAGUGCUUUAGUAAUGUAAACCAGACAUAAUACUGAUGUUCUAUUUGUAAGUUUCACCUUGAUUCCGUUAUCGUGAACUGUCUGUAAUAUCUAUCAAAGCAAUUUAGUAGUGUGUGAAUUGUUUAAGUGUUGCUAAAUUGUUAAUGAACCUUGCCUCUGUGGUUAACAUUUGCAAGGGAUUGUGAAGUAUAUACCAUUAAAUUAGUAAUGUUAUAUCUACAUUUUCAUUAUAAAUUGUCAUGCACUAGUGUAAUAAUGAAUUUAUAUAUAUCAACAAGGCCUUAGAUGUGUUACUAUUGUUACUUUUACCAUCCUUGUGUUGCAAAGUUUAUCGCUGUUGACGAUUCGUGUUUAUACUUUAGUCAGACAGAUUGUCUGCAUCACAUAAUUACAUUGUAAGACGCUAUAAAUUUAGGAGUUAUGUCAAAAAAAUGUGAUCAAGCAAAAUGUUGGUUAAGUUUCAUAUUUUAUUAAAAUAGUGCGUUAAAUAGGAUAUGUAAAUAUUUAACAAAAUAAAAUAUAAAAUUACUAAUUUACUA